AGUAGUGUCGACGCCGCGCCGAUAGCGGCGUCGGAUUCAGUCUACUUCCGACUACGAGCGUGUUUGAUUGAGUCCCGAACGAUUUCGAGGAAAAUUCAGUGAUGAGCUGCUCAGGAUCUCAGAAAGGCUGCUGCGGUGGGGGUCCGGGAUAUCCCUCGCCGAGGGAGGCACAAAAAGGACCGCGUGAGAAACUCUUAUACGUGCCGUGUAUCGUGCCUACGAAAAAGCGACCUGACUACUUGGCCGUAAUCGAUAUCGACCCUUCCUCGCAGGACUACCUGAAGGUCAUCCAUCGGACUCCUGUACCUCAUCUAGGCGACGAAUUACACCACAUGAAUUGGAACGCUUGCUCGUCCUGUUACCACGACCCAGAUGCGCGCAGAGAUAAACUUGUCCUCCCUUGCCUAUUGUCGGAUCGGAUCUACACGUUCCAUGUGGGCGAGAAUCCGCGGGAACCAUCCCUAUUUGCAGUGGUGGAACCGGAAGAGAUUCACGCUCUCAACGCGUCAUCUUGUCACACGCCGCACUGUUUACCCGGAGGAAAUGUGAUGAUCAGCACUAUGGGGGACAAAGAGCGGAACAAUCAAGGAAGCUUCAUUCUUCUGAACGGGAAAACCUUCAAGCCGAUAACUGAGCCCGGUCGUGGCGCCGAGACGGCUGGACUUUACGGAAGCAAGAGGACCGAUUUCGGUUACGACUACUGGUACCAGCCGCGCCACGAUGUCAUGGUUAGCUCAGAAUGGGGCUCGCCACGUGUCUUCGAGAAUGGCUUCGACCCUGCGCACCUCGGCGAAGGAAAAUACGGGCAUCAAAUCCACUUCUGGAAGUGGUCCACAGGACAGUAUCUGCAAUCAAUCGAUCUUGGCCGAGAGGGCUUCAUGCCACUCGAGACUAGAUUCCUCCACGAUCCAGACAAGACCGAAGGUUUCGUGGGGUGCGCGAUCUCUAGCGCGAUUUUCCGUUUCAACCUGGGAGAAGAUGGACUGUGGGAAGCGCAGAAGGUCAUCUCGAUUCCCAACACACGGGUGAAGAAUUGGAUGCUCCCUGAAAUGCCUGCAGUGAUCACCGAUAUCCUACUCUCGCUCGACGACCGAUUUCUCUAUCUAUCGUGUUGGCUCACCGGUGAAGUACGACAAUACAACAUAGAAGACACGGCGAACCCCAAACUUGUCGGACUCUGCUAUGUCGGCGGUAGCAUUCGGGACGAAGUCACGAAGGAUGAUGGUAGCCAGCUUGAAUUGCCUCGAUUCCGAGGGCGACGCAUCAGGGGAGGUCCGCAAAUGCUGCAGCUUUCACUAGACGGCAAAAGGCUCUACCUCACGACAUCGCUUUUUUCGGCGUGGGAUAAGCAAUUCUAUCCGGACAUGUUCGAGAAUGGAUCCAUGCUGGUCCGACUGAACGUAGACUCCGAGAAGGGCGGGCUGACAGUUGACGAGGAUUUCCUGGUGGAUUUCGGGGACGAGCCGGAGGGACCGGUACUCGCCCAUGAGAUUCGAUAUCCUGGCGGCGAUUGCUCAUCUGACAUUUGGUCUUGAAGUAAUCGACGAUCUGACUGAGGGACGUGGAGAGAGCGGAACGAAUGCAGUAUGCGCUAGUCAUGGUUGCCUGCAAUGCCGAGAGAAGACGACCUGUUGGCGGCUCUUCCCUGCACGAUAAAAAACUGCGUAAUGACAUAAAUGUCGGGAGAGGCGUCAUCAUUCCGAGAUACCGAAUAAAGCUUUCUCA